CUGCGUUCGUCACAGUUGUGGGCGGAGCCUUGAUGCAAUGUGCAUAUCCGUACUUUUGGUUUGGAAGAAAGUUAUGGUUAAACUAACGGUAACGGGAGAUAUAACGCUACACGGUCAACACGGGCAGAAGUGAUUUCGAAUUGAUCUCUAAAGGGAAAAAUGGGCCAGGCUGAGAGCAGAAACACAGAUGCUCCUUUGACGGAUUUGAGGUCCUUUGAGAGCAGAUCGGCCGCAUUCUCAGGUGUGAUACCAGAUGUUCCUCUAACUGUGGUUGAGGAGGUCUUGCUGAACCUGCCUGCUCGUCAUGUAGUUAAAGAAUGUCGUCUGGUGUGUCAUGAAUGGAAAGAGCUGGUGGACAGUGCUGCACACUGGAAAGAGCGCUGUCGGAGAGAGGGGAUUCAGCCCUGUGAUGCUUCCAGACCCCCAGAUGACUGGCGCCAGUUUUACUUUAUAACAACGAAACGACGUAACCUGAUCAAGAAUCCAAUAGCUGAUGAUGAAUUUCAAGGAUGGGAGAUUGUCGAGAAUGGAGGUGACCGCUGGCAAGUCGAAAACAACAGGAGACCAUUACCAGACAAUACAAUCACCCAAUGUUUUGUAACAUCUUAUAGGUUGUGUUUGAAGCGACAGCUGAUUGAUUUGCAGAAAGAAGGCUACAGUGCUGCUUUCAUGGAUCAACUACAACCUCACAUCAAAAUCUCAGACUGGUAUGGACCACGUAGAGAUUGUGGAUGUGAGUAUCAGAUCUGUGUGGAGUUGCUUGAUCAGAAGAAGAACCGCCUUAGUGUCUUUCAGCCUGAGAAAGUGUUCAUUAAAUCAUGGAACGAUGAGCCGUGGGGUCAUAUGAUUCAUGUCUUCAAGGAUUAUGGACCCGGUGUUUGGUUUAUCCGUUUCACUCACGGAGGGAAGGACACUCAGUUCUGGGCAGGCUGGUAUGGAAUAAGAGUUACUAACAGUAGUGUGGAGAUCUGCCCAGCUGCAGAGAGAUAGUCAUUUUCUGUAUUAUUAUUUUAUACUUAGUUAAGUCCUUCUGAUGAUGGAUCAGUCAUUCUAAUUAUUCUAAUGAUGACAUUUUAAAUGUAAACGUUAGCAUUUAUAUUAAUUUAGUGAAGUGAAACUUGUAUAAUGUAUACAUUCAUUCCACACAGACUGAUAUAUUUCAAGUGUUUAUUUCUUUUAAAUUUGAUGAUUUUUAUGACAACUAAUAAAAACCCCAAAUUCAGUAUCCCAGAAAAUUUUUAUAUUGUAAAAAAAAAAGUUCAGUAUAGAAGACGACCAUUGGCACCUUGCACAAGGUGGGUAAGACACAAAAGGUCAUUGCAAAAAGGCUGGCUGUUCACAGAGCUCUGUGUCCAAACACAAUAAUAGAGAUGCGAAGGGAAGGAAAAGAUGUGGUAGAAUAAAGCGUUUAAGCAAUAGUGUUAACCACACCUUGGAGAGAAUUGUGAAACAAAACCCAUUUAAAAACUGUGGGGGAGAUUCACAAAGAGUGGCCUGCAGCUGGAGUCAGUGCUUCAAGAACCACUACACACAGACAUACGCAAGUCAUGGGUUUCAGCUGUCACAUUCCUUGUGUCAAGCCACUUUUAAACAACAACAACAGACAUUGUCAGAAUGUCAGAAUCGACUGCUGCUAAGUGAUCCAAAGUUAUAUUCUUUGAUAAAAGUCAAUUUUGCAUUUUGUUUGUAAAUCAGGGUCACAGAGUCUGGAGGAAAAGAGGAGAGGCACACAAUCCAUAUUGCUUGAGGUCAAGUGUAAAAUUUCCACAGUCAGUGAUGGUUUGGGAUGCCAUGUCCUCUGCUGGUGUUGCUCCGCUUUGUUUUCUGAGGUCCAAUGUCAAUGCAGCUCUAUACCAGGACGUUUUAGGGCACUUCAUGCUUCCUGCUGUUGACCAACUUUAUGGAGAUGCAGAUUUCACUUUCCAACAAGACUGGAAAGCUGCCGUCGCAGUGGGUAGCACUAUCGCCUCACAGCAAGAAGGUUGCUGGUUCGAGCCCCGGCUGGGUCAGUUUGCAUUUCUGUGUGGAGCUUGCAUGUUUUGUUCAUGUUUGUGCGUUUCCUUCGGGUGCUCUGGUUUCCCCCACUGUCCAAAGACAUGCGCUAUAGGUGAAUUGAAUAAGCUAAAUUGGCCGUAGGGUAUGUGUGUGAAUACAAGAAUAUAUGGGUGUUUUCCAGUGCUGGGUUGCAGCUGGAAUGGCAUCCGCUACAUAAAACAUAUGCUGGAUAAAUUGGUGGUUCAUUGAACCAAAAAAUGAAUGAAUGACUUGGAAGCUGCACACAGUACCAAAGCUACCAGUACCUGCUUCAAGGACCAUGGUAUUUUCCAUGAAAAUCUAUGGGGUAUUGUAAAGAGGAAAAUGUUUUAUGCCAGACCCAACAGUGCAGAAGACCUGAAGGCCACUGUCAGAGCAACCUGGGCUUUCAUAAUACCCGAGCAGUGCCACAGACUAAUUGACUCCAUGCCACGCCGCAUUACUGCAGUAAUUCAGGCAAAAGGAGCCCUAACUAAGUAUUGAGUGCUGUGCAUGAUCUUUUCAUGUUCAUACUUCUCAGUUGGCCAAGAUUUCUAAAAAUUCUUUCUUUGUAUUGGGCUUAAAUAGUAUUGUAAUUUUUUGAGAUACUGAAUUUAGGCUUUUCAUUAGUUGUCAUUAAAAUUAAAAUAAAUAAAAACUUGAAAUAUAUCUGUCAGUGUGGAAUGAAUGUAUACAUUAAACAAGUUUCACUUCUUGAAUGGAAUUUGCGAAAUAAAUCAACUUUUUAAAGUUAUUAUAUUUACAUGCCCAGCUCUUGUACAAUUUUGACAAAAUUACUGUAUAUUUUUUAUUCUUUGUUGUUUUUAUUUUCGUAUACUUGCUUCUUUUAUUCCUGUUUAUGUAAAACACAUACCCAUAUAUUGUGUAUGAAAUGUGCUAUAUAAAUAAACUUUUCUUGCCUGUACAGUAUUUUAUCUAUAGCUGUACUAUUUGC